AUUUGCUAAAGUGUGAGAAACGCUUUAAAAGUCUUGUGUGUAUGUGUGCGUACACAUGUGAGAAUAAUGUUUAUAUUUUAAAGGAGUACGCGUUGAAUGUAAUGUGCGACAAGAAAAAAGUGAUAAAUUAAUAAUGAAUAUGAGGAAAAAAGUGGCAUAAAAUUAUUAAUGGCAUGAUAAUUACAUAAAAGUAUAGCAAAAUAAUAUGAGCAAAGUUAGGUUAGGUUGCAUACAUAUUUAUACAGAUAAAUCUACUUUUGUAUCAUAGAACAUUUUAUUCCGAAUUGAUAUUUGAAUGAAUAUAAUAUUAUAUUACAAGAUAUUAUUUUGAUUUGCAAAGGAUGAAUUAAAUGUGCUGAUAACGGUGUCUUAUAAGACAUUUAUUUUCAUAAAAAUAAGAUCAUUUUUAUAAAAAUUAGUCAUUGCCAGUGAUUCUUACAUGAAGCUCCCAGAUUUCAGUGAUGCAACAGCAAUUAAUGAUCUGAUGAUGACAUUGUUGGAUCCCACAAUUAAAAUUAGAUUAUGCAUGUUUGGACAACGGACUAUAAUUACUCUGGAAGAUGUUACAAGAUAUAUGCUAGAAAGUGCAGUAAUAAAAUAAAUCCGAUCCAAACUGAGAAUUCAAUUCAUCUUCGAUGAAGAUUCAAAAGUCAUAUUUUUUGCAUAAUAUGGAUAACAAUCAAUUAAUUGAAUUGUCGCCGUCUCGCAUAAAUACAUUUUGCAAAAUGCUUUCGUCGAAAAAAUCAAGCGAUAAACAGAAAGACGAAAACACGAAGGACGUAGGUCCCGGUCUUUCUACACAGACAAACACGAAUUGUAGGAAAAAGAGAAGAGGCAUCCAGAGGAAAUACACUGCCAAGGUGGAUGAAUCUAAUGCUGAUCUAAAAGAAAGUGACAAGCAGCCCAGAAUCGUUUGGGUUGGCUCGAUCAAUGAUAUGGAGUGGAUUUGCAAGUUCUGCAAUAAAGUGUUUUCCUCGCCGAAUAACUAUGUUGAUCAUGUGUGCAAAGUUGAGAAACGGUACAUAUGUCUUCUCUGUUUUGCUGAAUUCACUAGGAACAGCAGUCUGAAUCGUCAUCUGAAGCAAACCCAUAAUGGCGAAAAGAAACAUGUUUGCUACUUAUGCGACAAAAGCUUUUCUGAGAGGAUCUAUCUGGAAAAUCAUUUGCGUAAACACAUCGGUGAACGCCCAUAUUUGUGUGAUAUAUGCAAGAAGUCAUUCCAUUCUAAACUAGGUUUGAAAUAUCACAUCAAGACUCACAUAGGCGAUUUCAAGUAUGAGUGCGAUUUUUGUCCCAAGAGAUUUCUAGAUAAAACUAAUAUGCUGGCACACUUGACGACGCACACGGGCGAGAAGAAUUAUAAGUGCGACAUAUGUGGCAAGCGUUUCGGCACGAUGCCAGCCUUAAUCCAUCACAAAGUUGUGCACUCGGAGGAAAAAAUAUAUACGUGUCAAUGCGGCAAGAGUUAUAAACAUAAAUAUUCUCUCAAACGGCACGAAGGCUUAGGAAUGUGCGGAUAUUCUCAAAAAUUAAAUGAAGUCGAACCUGAUUCGAAUUACAUUCCGGAUAAUUCGAAUAUACUCCUGAUAUCUAAAAUUCAUAAUUAUUCUAUUAAUAAUUUUAAAUAGUUGUUUAACCUAACUUA